GGAGCCUGAAAGACCAGACUCGGGGUAACGGACACUGACGCGGUCUCGUGCGUUCUACGUCAUGACGCCUCAUCAGCUGUUGACAGGCUGAGGCUCUCCUCGAUCUCGACCUCCGGGACGCCUUGCAUGCAUACUCACCCUGUCUCUGCUGUCGCUGUGGCCGUCUUUGAACGCACAUGCUGUUUGUCGACCGCCCGGUAACGGAGCAUAUGCUGCCAUGAGCGCUUUGUGUCGCCUGAUCCAGAGGGGAGUGCUGAGCGGCCGGCCGUCGUGUCGUCUAUUCCCCGGACGGCAGCAUGUCCGCGGGGUGGCUCCCACGGUCCGGACCGCCAGCUCAUCCAGCCCAGUCAGCUUGACCUACGAUGUCUUCGAUGGGAAGGGAGAGAGCACUCCCCUGGUGUUUCUUCAUGGCCUUUUUGGCAGCAAAUCUAACUUCCAUUCAAUAGCGAAGUCCUUGGUGCAGCGCACAGGCCGAAAGGUGCUGACAGUAGAUGCCCGUAACCAUGGCAACAGCCCUCACAGCUCGGUGCUGACCUAUGAAGCAAUGACGAGUGAUUUGAAGCACCUCCUCGCUCAGCUGCGCAUCGAGAAGUGCGUCCUAAUCGGCCACAGCAUGGGAGGGAAAACGGCAAUGACAACUGCUCUGACACAGCCCGGUUUAGUGGAGAAGUUGGUGGUAGUGGACAUCAGUCCCGCCCAGACCACCACACGCACCAACUUCCGUUAUUACAUCCAGGCCAUGCAGGAGGUGAAGAUCUCCAGCGACAUUCCACGUUCCACCGCCAGGCGGAUGGCUGAGGAUCAGCUGCGCAGUUUGGUCAAGGAGCACUCGGUGCGUCAGUUCCUGCUGACUAACCUUGUGGAGCAGAAUGGACAGUAUGCUUGGAGGGUCAACUUGGAGGCCAUCUCGGCGCACCUCGAUAACAUCAUGAGUUUCCCCAGCUUUAACAACAUCUAUGAGGGACCUACACUGUUUUUGGGUGGUGCCAGUUCGGCUUAUAUCAGCUCCGAGGAUUACCCAGAAAUCCAGAGGCUGUUCCCUAAUGCUGACAUCCAGUACAUCCCAGAUGCGAGCCACUGGAUCCACGCAGAUAAACCCUUGGAUUUCAUCAGCUCCAUCAUCUCCUUCCUUCAGUCCUAGCUGCCUCCUGUCUACACCUCAGAACAUUAUUAUGCUCCGUACCUCUGAGCGUCUGUGCGCCGAAAAGGAAGGUGAGAAUUCAGCAGCUUCAGCAAGAGCGAGUGGUGUCAUUAAUGAUGCUAAUAUUUGAAAACACUGGACCAAACUCGCCCUUUUACAGCAGUCAGUUCUUACCUUUUAACAGUGUAGUGUAGUGUAGCGUAGCGUAGGCAAACUUUUCUUUUGUUUAGUCUCUCCACCAGACAGGUAGUGUUACUAGAUUGGCUGGUUUCUAGAUGAUUUUAGAUCAGUAGGUAGACAAUAGCAAUGAAAAUAUCUCAAAUUUAACAUAAUGGGGCUGUUCUGGAGGUGAUAUACUAAUCCAAAGAAACUCUUAUUUGCACAGUGCUUACUCUGUGUUGAUACAUCUAUGCCAGUAUAAUAGAAAAGUGGAUUUAGGCCAAGUCCAAUCUGGGACCGCUGAAGUGGACCAGCAGUAAGAUAGUUGGAUAUGAAGGUUUUAACGUCACUGGAAUGAAACAAACGCUGCAUAUCUGAGAAGCUCUUCUCGGAGAGAAGUGAAGAAUGUGCGCAGCAAAAAUAGUUUCUUUGCACGAGGGAGUUUGGUAUCGUGUCAGGAGGUUCUAGCUCUGCGAAGAGGCUGUAAGACGGACUUUAUGUAUACAGGGGGUUUGUUGUAGAAAUUUGAUAAUGGUGACAUAUUUUCCCAUCCUCUCCUCUGUUUAUCUGCUGUAUGUCAGAGAUGAGGAUUUAUGUGUCAGCUACACUGUCAAAACUCGAGCUCAUCGAGAGCACUGGUUAUAUUUUUAUGCCAACAUAAUCUAUGAAUCUAUGAAAACCCAUCUGAAAUGCUCUAAUGCAGUGUUGUCACAAUCUGUUUCCUGAAUAUCUCAGGUUACAAUUGGAUAUGCUACUCAUUAUACUCUUAUAAUAUUCCUCCGUCUGUCUGGCAGUAAGCUGUGGUAAUGUUGUUGUGUUGGUCCAAUCAGUGUUUUGAUGAAACAUGUUUUACUGAUUUAUUAUCUGUAUCUCACUUAUCUUUACAACUAAGGCGCAAGGCUAUAUGGGUAUCUCAUAAAUAUAUGCUGCAAAAAUGUACGUUGUUAUCUAAUAGUAAUAGUGUUAAUGUCAUUUUCUGUUUCCAUGGGUUUGAACAGUACAGUCCAGUAGUGAAACUGCCAUCUGUAUGAAUAAGCAGGGUGUUGUAAAUUUGUAUUUGCCUCUUUUGUCAAGAGCUCCUUUUCCAUUUCUGUAAAACUUGAUAAAAACAUUUUAUUCUACGACAAUUACUAGCAGACUUUAGAUUGGCAGCUGGGUUGCCAGUUCUGUGUGAAUUUCCUCACAAGAAAGCUCAACGCAAGAGGGUGUAUCCCUUCAUGAUGCUAGACGUUUACUACAAUCAGCGUUUUGUGUUCGUUUGAUGUGAAUAUAUAAGUCUAAAAGGCUUUAAAUGAUCAGAAUUAAGUUGAGUGAAACUCUCCUUAUUUAAUUAUUUUUAUAAAGCUCCAGUUAGCGGAGAAUCACCCGUUUGUCCUCCUCAACCACAGCACAGAUGUGUCUUGUUGCACAAUAUGGAUAGAUUGUAUGGGGGGUUAGUUGCGUAGUGCUGAUAUUUAAAUGCAGGUCCUGCUUCAGCUUCUGUGGUGUUACAGUGGGACAAGAGUAUGUCGAAGAGGAACUCUGUGUCAACAACAUAGAAAAGUGAAUUUAUUCAGUAACAUUGAAAAGCGGUUUGAAGACUGUAACCAUCUGUUCAGGAUUGCAUAUUGUUUUACUGUGAGCAUGCCUUUUCUCUUGUCAUCAGGUUUGACUUUGCUAUGCUAUAAGCGUCUCAGUUUGUUGAACAUGUUCCCACAAUAGUGACACAAGAUUCUAAAUAAUGGCAUAUAUAAAUUUUAAAUGUGUGCAAGAUACAUAGAGGUGAUUAUAUAUUAUUGAAAAUGUACAAACUGAUAUUAUACAAUAAAAUAUGGAAAA